CGUCGCGCUGUCUCUAGCGGAGGCUGCUCAGAGGCUGGGUAAGAGGGUGUUGGUGGCCCUCGGUUCCCGGGGUUCAUCGUCGGUGAUAUUGCAGCGCAGCCAUGGCAGAACCGCAGCCCGCGACCGGCCUCACUGACGAGGUCGCCCUCAGUUGCUGUUCCGACCCGGAUCCUAGUACCAAGGAUUUUCUGUUGCAACAGACCAUGCUGCGAAUUAAGGAUCCUAAGAAGUCAUUGGAUUUUUAUACUAGAGUCCUUGGAAUGACGCUAAUUCAAAAAUUAGAUUUUCCUACUAUGAAUUUUUCACUCUAUUUCUUGGCUUAUGAGGAUAAAAAUGACUUUCCUAAAGAUAAAAAUGAAAAAAUGGCAUGGGUAUUCUCCAGAAAAGCUACACUUGAACUGACACACAAUUGGGGUACUGAAAAUGAUGAGACUCAGAGUUACCACAAUGGCAAUUCAGACCCUCGGGGAUUUGGUCACAUUGGAAUUGCUGUUCCUGAUGUAUAUGGAGCUUGUAAAAGAUUUGAAGAGCUGGGAGUUAAAUUUGUAAAGAAACCUGAUGAUGGUAAAAUGAAAGGUCUGGCAUUUAUUCAAGAUCCUGAUGGUUACUGGAUUGAAAUUUUGAAUCCAAACAAAAUAGCAGCAACUAUUAGUUCAUGAGAAUGCUCCUUUUAAGAUGUCAGUGAAGAUGGCGAUACGGAAGGAAACAAAAAGACUCAAGAUAUCAGAUACCAGAAGCAUCUACAACUGAUGGAUCAUUGUUCCAGUUCAAAUUAUUCUUUAGUCUAUUUCACUUUCCUUUUUCAGCUGUGUUUUUCCACCUAAGUGAUCAUUCUAGUUUUAAAGUAGUGCUUUAUCUUAUGACCUUGAAUGUAGUUCUGUAACUUUACUUUUUAGGCAAUAAUUAUAACAAUUCCCUUUAGAGGCUGCAUUUGCUGCCUUCUGUCUCCUAAAUAUUACUUUUCUUCAGGUCUGCCUUUGAAUCAUCGUCUUUUGAAAAAGAAACAUUUAUCAUUUUUUUGUGGUGGUUAUCUUCUGGGGUUUCAGUUCCUCAGAAAUAACUUUUCACAAUGGAAAGUAAAGAACACUGAACAAAAAUGAAUCUUCAUGUGUACUUCAAACAGUAUAAAGUGUUUAUUUUACAAAAGAGAAGGUUCUCUUGAGAGCAAUUCAGAAUCAUGCUGACAGGGAUACUGAUAGAAAAACUAAUUUCUUUUUUAUUUAAAAUACUUUUAAGGAUCAAGGACUAACCUCAUUUAUUUGGGAUUGGGGAGGAGGGAGGGAAUAAUAUUUACUAGGUACCCAUGCCUCAGACUAAGCUAUAAUAUACUGUACAUCACUUAAUACUCUAGUAUUAAGGCUAGACAUGUUGUUUUAGUUAACAUUUUUGCUGCUAUGACUAAAAGACAUGACAACAAUUUUAGAGGAGGAAAAGUUUUAUUUGGUGCUCAUGGUUUCAGAGGUCUCAGUCCAUAGAUGACCAACUUCAUUGCCCUGGGCUCAAGGUGAGAUAGAACAUCAUGACCAAAAGGUGUGGAAGAUGAAAGCAGCUCGGUCCGCAAUCAGGAAGCAGAGAGAGCUCUGCUCACCAGCAACAAAAGACAAACCCCAAAGGAACAUCCCUUCCCUCUUCCAGCCACACCUUACCUGCCUACAGUUACCACCCAGUUAAUCCAUAUCAGUGAAUUAUUAAUACGCUGAUUAGUUAAGGCUCUACAGUCAUUUCACCUCUAAAUUUUCUUGCAUUGUCUCACACAUGAGCUUUUGGGGGACACCUCAUAUCUAAACCAUAACACAUGUAAAAUAUAAUGAAUUGAAGGCAAUAUGAAUAGGCUCAAGUACUCAAGAUCUCAUUAUUAUUUUUAUAUUUAGAUUAUGCCUCAAAAUUCCUUACCAUGCCUUCUGCACUAGUAUCUUAUUGUAAAACCUUCAGUGAGUUUGCACACUGUGCUCUUAAUUCUUGGGCCUGAGUACCACAAUGAAGGUGGAAGCUUAGAAGUCUAUAAGACAGGCUACCCUACACACAAUUACUCCUGCAUGGGUGAUACCCAACUCACAAGGAGUCUUCCCUAUCCCAUGGUCUUUAUGCUUCUAGUAAUCACAUUAUACUCACUGGUAGCAUAACUUAGUUAUCAGAAAUCAGCUCUGUAGUCUUCCCUCCUAUGAUUGAUGGUUUGCUAGAUUUCAAAAAAUCAUAGUGAUUUUGAAAAUGUCUUAUGGCCCAGAGAAUAAAAACAUCCAGUUUGUGGUUUAGAUUUUCUGUAGACUGUAGGGGAAGACCUUUGGAUAGGCCAUGCCAAUUAUUCUUGCACUGCUAGAAACACUUUAUAUUUCCUUUUUAGAUGAAAUGUAAUUUGUAUGAGCAAUUUAAACAAAUAGCUGAAAUAAAAUUUUAGAUAAGACCA